UCUAGGGUUCCAAUUCCAGUCGCGACAGUCACUGUUUGCUUUGGCACAGCGGCUAUCCCAUUCCCUUGGCGUGGAUGUUGUCACUCGCUAGAUGAGAUUUAGGGUGUCCUCGAUCUUGGUGGGUUCCUCGGCUCUCCAUCGCUGAGCGGCGGGGCGGCAGGGCAGGGCAGCAGCAGCAGCAGCAGCAGCAGCGCAGGCGAGAAUGUCUUCCCCGAGCAAGCGCCGCGAAAUGGAUGUGAUGAAACUGAUGAUGAGUGACUACAAGGUGGAGAUGGUAAACGAUGGGAUGAACGAGUUUAAUGUGGAGUUCCAUGGACCUCGGGAUAGUCCAUAUCAAACGGGGACUUGGAAGGUUCGUGUCGAACUUCCAGAGGCUUACCCGUAUAAAUCUCCAUCCAUCGGUUUUGUGAACAGGAUAUUUCACCCCAAUGUGGACGAGAUGUCCGGCUCCGUGUGCUUGGACGUGAUCAACCAAACGUGGAGCCCAAUGUUCGAUUUGAUCAACGUGUUUGAGGUGUUUCUACCUCAGCUGCUACUCUAUCCCAACCCCACAGAUCCACUCAACGGUGAAGCGGCCGCGUUGAUGAUGAGGGACAGAGAUCGCUACGACCAGAAAGUUAAAGGUAAGAGCGAUGUACUCUCUUCUUGUUUCGCCUGGCCAAAGUUUUUCGUGCGUCUUGACAGAGUACUGCGAAAGAUAUGCAAAGUCAGAGGAUACGGCAGCUCACCCCGAAGAGAGCAGCGACGCGGAAGUGACUGAUGAGGAUUACGCGUCCAGCGACGAGGAAAUGGCUGGCCAUGCCGAUCCUUGACGCUGCUCAUAGCUGCUGUGCUGGGUACAUAAAUUAAAAUCUAUAUCAGAAAUAAUAGAACACAAAUUUGAAACA